AUGGUAGGGACAGGAGCUGCCGGUAAGACGACUGUAGUGAGGCAGUUGAAAUGUCUUUGCAAGGAACGACCGAAAAAUUACAAGGCAUUAAUAAGGGCACCAAUCACGUCGAGUAAACAUCUUGUUGAUCUUCAGGUGUACGACAAUGAAUGGAAUCAAAUUACUAUCGAAAACAUAUUCUCUGCCGAAGAAAUGAUACAGUUUCGUAAAAUAAUUCGGAUUAAUAUCAUAGUUGCCAUUUACAACCUCAUUCAGCAAACAAUUUGUUGGGGUCACGAAUGUCAACCUUCUGAGUGCGUACAAACAAUCGUGACGUUGGUAGAGAACGCUUACAUAGAAGGACGAAGCACUUUCGAUAUGCAAAUUCCCUCAAUGCUUGGAGAUGACCUAGUACAAGUUCUCAAGGAUCCAAACAUCACUCAAACACUGGAAGUACACUACAAAAUGGCACGAAAGUGGCGCAUCGAAGAUGGAACAUUGAAUUUCUUAUCCGAAAAUCAAAUAAAACGGCUCUUCGACGAUAGCGUGGAGCUCACCACAACCGAUAUCGUACAUGCAAGAUACCCCACGACAGACGUGCAGGACUUCAGGUUUAGUGUUAACGACAUGAAUAUUCAAAUUCAUGAUAUGGGUGGACAGCCUACAGAACUGAUAAAAUUACCAGACUUCAUAUAUCAAUGGAUCGCUAGCAACCGCGAGCGCUACAAAAACUUCUUACUAUUUGUAACUUCAAUGGCUGAUUUCAACAUACAGGACGUCGACGAACCUAGUCGAACGGCAAUGGAACGUAGUAUAAAAAUAAUAGAUGUAAUAAUUUAA